AUGGUCGAUCUUAAACGUGCAAUUAUUAUUCUUAUGGCAGUAGCCACCGUUGUAAAUGUGGUUGGAGUUAUUCAUUGUCAUAUAAAUCAUCCGUACGUUACAACAUGGUAUGGAUAUCAAAUGGGUUAUUCGGUUAUUUUUCCUGUUUUAUUGGCUUUAACUGGCUUUCUCUUUCUUGAACAAUUGUUGAUUACCGAUGGAACUAUCGCACCACUGAACCGACUUCGUAUUCUUUAUGCUUUUAUUGCAGCUGCUGCUCUUCUCGUUUUCGGUAUCAGUACAGCUAUUGCAGCUAGUGGUAGAUACAAUUCCAGUAUUCAUGAUCAUCACUAUCGUAACGCUGUUCUUGCUGCACUUAUAGCUUUCAUUGAUGCUGCGGUUUAUAUUUCAGAGGCAAUCGCUCGUAAUCGCAAAAGUCGUAUCAUCUAA